CGAAGGUUUUCCAGGUCUGCUCUUCCCUUCUGCUCUUUUGUUGAAGCUGGUUCACUGCAUAGGAGCAGUCAUUCCGGAAGGAAGGGGGAUGCCAGAUGAGAGGAGACUUUCUGCGCACUGUAUAGAGACCGGUUCAUGGCCUGUGCUGUCCAAGGAAAAUGUGCAAAUAUCAAGGUUACCUGGGUCUGCUGGUCACUUCUAGUUUUGGACUCUUGAAGAUGGUGAGUUUUGCUAAUGAUGCGCGGCUGUUUAAAGAACCGGGUAGCUUUUCUGGCAAUCACUCUUUGUGUGCCAUCUUUUAUAAAGGUGCUUCUUGUUGCUAAGAGAUCAGUUGCUUAGAGACCAAAUCAUUAAAAAAAAUAUAUAUGUCAGAGGCCAACAUAAAUUAUAACCAAAUUUUGUCAUUUCAGCUCACCCUCUUAAUGUUUGGCUUUUGUAAUAGAUCGUAACGUACCAAGAGAAGCCAAUUACUAAUCACAAAUAGAAAACGGACCAUGAGGAGGAGAAAAGAUCUGUGCGUACGCUCCCGUGGACGGGGAGUAAUACCACUGAUUCCCUGGGAGAGAGUUACAACCUCUCGGGGCUCUCUGAAACUUUGACUCCUCAUGGGGGGUCUGAGAUGUACAUUUACGUACACACAUAUAUCUGUCCCAGGUAAAACUUGGGUGCAGUUUGGAGUAUGAAGACAGGGCAAUUGUGGAGCUACUUUUGUCUUUUUCAAAGGAAAAUUAAGAGAAAAAGAUGCUGCACUUGGAAAAAUGUUCAGUUGGGAAACUGAAGUGAUCUUAGCCUUCAGCCAGAUAUUUCUGUGUGUGAACAGCUGCCACUGCUGCAGGUCUGUAUCGUGCUGGGAGGAGGGGGCUAGUGUACAGAUCUGUCUUUUAUCUUCUCCCCUGUACUCAGAUGCAGCACCAUCAAGGAGACAGCAAUAAAAACAAUUGGUUAAGUAGGUAAGGUUUGGCCUUGGGGUUCUUUCUCUCCCACUGUGUGGUGACUUUGCCCAUUGAGAGACUCUUCCCUCAAAUUAGCUGUCAUUCAAGUAUUACCCCCGCGUCCAGGGGCAUUUACAUUUUAGGAAUAUAUUUUUAAAUGAAAGACUAAGAAUGGUAGUAUGCAAAGCUUCUUAACAGGUAGGAUAGGUGAUGUGGGGGAGCAAAAUAAAGCUAUAUACACUCCUUAACUGUAUGACUUCAUAACACCUCGCCAUCCUCCAUCUCUUUUCCUACCUCCUCCAUCCUUCACAGUUCUCUUUGGUCCCACCUUAGGUGAGAAGCAAGCAGGCAAUAAGGGAUCAAAUACUUGGAGUUAAGAAUCAGGUUACAAUCAUCUCAUCACUCAUUUACAGAGUAGAUGAAAGACCCACCAGUAUCAACUUAUUUAGAGAUAUAUGGCAGUUGGGAAAAAAAAAAUUACAACCUGUGCAAAUGGAAUGGGGCUAAUGCUCAGCAGAAAUUCAUUAUAAGAGGAAAGGAAAUGCUGACUUUGCUCAGCCCAAGCUACGAGUCAAAUGGACAUAGGACAUGUGAAUGUUGCAGAAUAAACUCAGGAGAUUCAUUGAUUUGUAAACAUAGCGACUAAACAGCAACAAAGCAUGCAGCAGGCAUCCAGUUGAAGACUAAUGAAAAAAAAACACCCAGGAGGAAAUGAAAGGCAGAGAUCCACACAGAGGAGAUAUUCUGGUUUACAUACAAACAAGAAGUUGAGACCUCAUGCCCAUGACAUCUUGAGAGGGCUCACCUUGAAGAUGAGUGGGAAGUCAAGUCUUUUCAACUCGUUUCCAAAAGGACCACAUGACAGCUCUUAACGUAUACACCUCCCUCCAGAGACACCAAUGAACAGAUGAAUGAAAGGAAGACUGAAUCUGUACAUCCACAUCUUCAAGGGCAGCAACCAUUUCUUAUGCUUCUCUUCAGGACCUCGUUCAGGACCCUGUGCAUUCUAGGUACAAAGGAAAGGAGAUGAAGAUGAAGAAACAGAGGCUCAAGAAAUAAAGUCACCUACCCAAUGUUGCUCAGUUGAUGGCAAAGUUGAGGUUAUUACAGAGUAUUGAGCAGAGUUCCCUGUGCUAUAUGGCCUCAAAAUGAAACAAGGACUCUUCCUGGGUAUCAAGCCUGCCAGCAUUCAGAAUGGAGCCACACUAUCAGAUUCCCAGUUCUCCAGCUUGCCAACACCCUGAGUAAUCUGUCAGCCUCCAAAAUAACAUCCGAGUGAUGGUGGACCUAUGCAACAGUACCAGGGGUAUCUGCCUCACAGGACCACCUGGCCCAGCAGGGCCUCCCGGAGUCAGUGGAUUACCAGGACACAACGGAUCAGAUGGACAGCCUGGUCCCCAGGGCCCAAAAGGCGAAAAAGGAGCCAAUGGAAAAAGAGGAAAAAUGGGGCCACCUGGAGCCACAGGAACUCCAGGGGAAAAGGGAGAUCCUGGUGAGCUGGGCUUGCCUGGAAACGAGGGCCCAACAGGGCAGAAGGGUGACAAGGGAGACAAAGGGGACGUGUCCAAUGAUGUGCUCCCCGCAGGUGCCAAAGGUGACCAAGGACCACCUGGCCCACCUGGGCCCCCAGGCCCUCCGGGUCCUCCGGGUCCCCCUGGAAGCAGAAGAAAAGGCCCUCGGCAGCCAAACAUGUUCAACGGCCAGUGCCCAGGUGAGACAUGUGCUGUACCAAAUGAUGAUACCUUGGUUGGAAAAACUGAUGAGAAAGUCAGUGAACACCAUUCGCCAGAAGCAGAAUCCAUGAUCACAUCAAUUGGAAAUCCAAUACAAGUGUUGAAAGUUAAAGAGACGUUUGGGACUUGGAUAAGAGAGUCUGCUAACAAGAGUGAUGAACGCAUUUGGGUGACUGAACAUUUCUCAGGUAUCAGGGUGAAGGAAUUUGAAGACCAGCCCUCGCUGCGGAACGGCAGUUACACGCUCAUCCACCUCCCGUACUAUUUCCACGGCUGUGGUCACACUGUCCACAACAACGCUCUCUACUACCACAAGGGGGGCUCCAACACCAUCGUGAGGUUUGAAUUUGGCAAAGAAACAUCCCAAACUCUGAAGCUUGAAAAUGCCUUGUAUUUUGAUCGAAAAUACCUCUUUGCGAAUUCCAAGACGUACUUCAAUUUAGCUGUAGAUGAAAAGGGCCUUUGGAUUAUCUAUGCUUCCAGUGCGGACGGCUCAAGCAUCCUUGUCGCACAGCUGGAGGAGAGGACCUUCUCCGUGGUGCAGCACAUCAACACUACGUACCCCAAGUCCAAGGCCGGCAACGCCUUCAUUGCCCGAGGGAUCCUCUAUGUCACUGACACCAAGGAUACGAGGAUAACGUUUGCCUUUGAUCUGUUAGGAGGGAAGCAGAUCAAUGCAAACUUUGCUCUAAGAACUUCCCAGUCUGUUCUUGCCAUGUUAUCAUACAAUAUGAGAGACCAGCAUUUGUAUUCUUGGGAAGAUGGCCAUUUAAUGCUUUAUCCCGUACAGUUUCUGUCAGCUGCUUUGCACCAGUGAUAGGAAGCAUUCUGUUCCCCUCAGUAAAUUUCAGCUGUUCUCUGGUACCGUGUGUGUCCCAAUAGGAAACUUGUCUUUAAGGGCGGUCAGGUUAUUAGCUGUCAUAAUCUCACGACACGGGUGCUGAUGUGGUGUUUCCCCUUUAAUUCUGACUCUGUAGGGGAAAUAACGGACUGGAACUCACAAAUGGCUGGCAUUUGGUGAUUCCUUCAGAAACUAGCUGGGCAAGUUAUGUCUCCCUCUUUAGGUCUUGUUUUUCCCCACUGGUAACGUGAAAGGGCUGGCUAAGAUGAUUGGUAAGAUUUCCUUACCUGUAGGGAAUUCUGUGAUUCUUAGCUGUUGCUGCUCUCGCAACUUUUACGUAUUUGGUUUUGGAUUUUAUUUUUGGCUUUUAGCCAUGGCUGAGCAGAUUUACCUCUGAGUUGAUCAGCCUGGUGGCCUGAGCAAUGAAUUCCUUAGUUCCGACUUAUGUUUAUUGUCUUGGAAGCUGCACUGACCCUUUAAGGCUGUUGAGUUACCUUAUUACCCCUAACUUAUUACCUUUCUCUGCAUCUUCACCUGCCACCAGAGCGUCAGAGUGGGCAUCAUCCUCAGCUCCUGAUUACCAUGCCAGAAUUAGCCAAAGCAGGAAUAGCUGCCUGCAUUGAAGCAGAAACAGGCACUUCUGGGUUCCUGUCAAUUUCUGACCAUGCUGAUCUGCAGCUCGGCUCGUAAACGUUGAAUCUGCAGGUCUUGCAGAGUCUUUCUGCCCUAGAUCUGGAUCAGCUCUCAGAGUAAAUACUGUGCAAGUGGACAUUAAUCCAGUGAGAACCUUGAGAGGCACUUUGCAGUUUUCAGAAGAAAGGUGCCAUUCGUGGUUAUUAUCUAGAACAAGGAUGGGCAAACUGUGACCCGUGGGCCAAAUACAGCCCAUUGUCUGUUUCUGUAAAUAAAGUUUUAUUCAACACAGUCAGAGGCAUUUGCGUAUUAUCACGGUCACAGGCAUAUUAUAGUCUGGGACUACUUUUGCUGAACACUGGCAGAGUUGAAUCACUGCGAGAAAGCUGAGGAACAGCUCCCCAAACCUAAGACAUUUACUUUCUGGCCCUUUAUAGCAAUAGUUUGCCAACCCCUGAUCUAGAAUAUUAGAGUGAGCCUGAUUCUUAGAAGGGCUUAUUCACCUGAGCCUGUUCAUUAUAUAUUUUUUUUGUUUCAGACUAAAAAGAGGUCAUUUAUAUGCUUUGAAUUUAUGGUAAAGGGCAAGGGUGAGAACAGCAUAAAAUUAUGCUGUUCCACCCCCAGGAAAGCAGUUAAUGAACUGUUCUUAUCCUAGUGUAGUUUUUCUUUUUAAUAUGUUAUCUGGCUUUUUCCUCCUUGUGACUUUUAAAAAAAUUUUAAUUGGCAGAUAAUUACUUUAUAACUACCCAAAUAUAGUUUUAAAGAAUGUGAUCUGGUCCCUUUGGAUGCCAGGAGAAAAUCCAGUUUAACUUGCUCCUAGUUCAGUUCAGUCACUCAGUCGUGUUGAACUCUUUGCAACCCCAUGGACUACAGCAUCCAGGCUUCUCU